GCCUUCCCAUCACCAUAAUCGGGAUCGGUAUCUCUUGUAUAAUAGAACCCCUAAUCGUAUCUCUAGAUUUGACCAGCUCCGCUGUCGUUGCUUCCGCACCUCCGCCGCUAGCUCCGCCACCCACAAUUCCUAGGUUUUACAGAACUACUUUGAGUCAGUUAAUUUUAUGUUACCUCUUAAAUUUGGAACUUCUGAUCCAGUCCUUUGGUUUUUGAAUAAUUGUGAGGGACAAAAUUUCCAUAAGGGGACGAGUUGCGCAAUGAAGUCAUACAGGCUAGCUGAACUUACGCAAGCUGAGGUUCAGAAUGGUCAAUCCGGUUGUAGAUGAUAUUCGCAAUAGUGGUGAUGUGGCUGUAAGGGAGUAUGUAUUUAUUCAGCUGUUCCACCUGUGGACAUACAUCUCCUCCACCAUUUACUCUUUUAAGUGUCGGCCAGGAGUUCUCGGGUACACAGAAUGUUUCGAGUCUGCAAAAAAAAAAGAGGAUUGGAGAGUGAAUGUUCGGAUACAAGGGUGUGAUCUUGAGGAUGAGUAUCUAUGUGGAACCAUGGAAGCAAUUAAUGUUCCCGUGGCUGAUACACCAUGAAUUUGAUCAUAUUAGUGCUUGGGAGCUUGCAAAGCUAGAUUCCAAUGAGGCGAUGAGAGUAGCAGCCAAAGCCAAAGCUUCUUCCUCAGUUCUACGACCACUUAAUAAACCUGAUCUCAAGCGUAGCUAAACCACUCAAAGCAAUAUGAGUGUGAGGAGCAGUGCAAGCACUGAUACAGGGACAAAUAGAGAGCCGGAGCAGAUGCUAAUAUGGGAGCAAGUACUUUUGAUGAAAACUAAUUAAGCAAAAGAUGCAACUCAUUCGACUACAUCCAAGAAUUUUAGGUGAAGUAGUCUCUUGAUCAUGAUUCUUUGGCAUUAUGUAUGCUUAUAUAUGGAAUUGGGGUUGUAUUUGUUGUUUAGAGUGACUGAUUAUGAAUGAUGGUUUUAGUGUUUUAUGAAUGGGAAAAUUUGAU